CGACUACAACUCCCGGCGUGCCCCGCGGGGCAGUCCGCGCCGGUCCGGCGGGAGGCGGCAGCCCUGGCCGAGGGGGUCCCGCCGGGCGCGGGCCGCAGCCCGCCCCGCCACCCGCCCCCACCGCCGCGGGCUCUGCCGAGGAGGGCCUCCGGUGGCGGCCGGCGCAGCGGCACUGCCGGCUUCAAGUCACCGCCUACAGAAUGCUGUCGAACGUGAUCUGGAGCAGGCUAACGUUACAUAAACUAAUCCUGUCUCCAAGGUCCUGCCAGCCUAAUGGAGCCAACAAAGAAGCCCUGCAGUAUGAAAUCAAAGAGCUGAAACAGAAGGACCUUGCUCUAGACCAAGAAAUUGCACAAUUAUUGUCCGAAGGCUACAGCCUGGAGGAAUUGGAGAAGCACAUCUCUCUGCUCCAUGAGUAUAAUGAUAUUAAAGAUGCUGGACAGAUGCUGCUGGGCAAGCUGGCUGUUAUCCGAGGGGUUACUACAAAGCAGCUCUACCCUGAAUACGAUCUGGAGCUUAGCGACUAGUAUUGAAUCUGCAGACUGCCACAUCCUGCAAAAAUGACUAUUACUGGGCCAUUACGUUUUGGUGCCAUAUCAGUUUAGAACUGACAUAAGGUGGCCUCAGAAGUAUGUAUGUAGAAUUGCAACAGAGUAUGGGUUAACAGCCUUAUUUCUAAGAAGCUUUGGAACAUGAAAGUUGUUGAAUCUGUCAACUGUUUCCUGCUUGUGGGAAAGGGAUGUAGGACUUUGGAUAAUUUUGUCUACUGCCUGAUGAACAGUAUUGUUUUGGUUUUGUUUUUUUAAUUGGAAAGGUGGUUAUUCCGGUUGAUGUUAAGACUCUUCCCGUGGAGCCUUUGCUUCUCUACAGCAUCCAGGGGCUAUUUGGAUACAGAAAGGAUAGAGGAAGCGAGGGCAUACAAAUGUGCCAUGUAAUAGCUGCUUUGAAAGAAAAGAAAAAACCCUCAGAAGUAGGGAGGGAAGAAGGCUGAAGUUGUGGUGGUUUGGGGUUUUUGUUUUGUUUUAUGAUCAAAUCUGGGUAAGUCUGGGUGUUCUGCAUUUUUGUACUUAACUGCUCUGGUAUCUAGAGGUUUUGUAUCAUUUCUGUAGUAAAUGGCAAAAUGUGAAGUUGUGUUGAACUGGCCAGUCUCAAUAAAGCAGCUAUCACAUUUCUCAGUAA